AUGAUCGAUUUCUCGCAGUGUCGCCCUCGCAUCGUCUCACGUGAUACUCGCGCACGCUCCAGCAGGCUCGUGCGAACUGACGCUCCCCAGAACGCCAUCGGUGCCAAGGCAGAAAAGCGCAACGUGCCUUCACAGGCAUGGCCUGCCUCGUUUACACAGCUGUACCAUACCUUCAAAGCACUAUGCACCGUGUACACUUUUUGUUCCGCACACAAGCAGGUCGUACCCACCGUGGAGACGCUGCAACGUAGCACAGCAUCUCUUUUGCACAGGCCAUUGGAGCUGGAUGAUUUGGCUCGUAUCAAAGCUGUUUGUCCUGAUAUGAUUCACUGGGCCUACGUCUCUGCCAUGUCGUUGCCAGACUCGGCUACACCGCCUGCGAAGCGCCGACGUCAGGACGAAGAUCUAUUUGCGCUGCCUCGUUCGCAUGUCAACGAGUAUACCAUGCUGUUCGAGUUCACUGAUCAUGGACUACAUACUGGCAAAGCUACAUCGCGUCGCUACGUGGCGGCAUCUAAGCCCAAGCAUACAACCUCCAUGGCACUGAUUCAGCGGCGUACCGAUACCUUUGCACGCGCGCUGGACGAUAUCGUGGAGGCGGCACACACAGCGCAGCUGGAUCCAGAGCAGCUGUUGGCAGAGGCCGUGCAUGCUGUGUAUCCGACUGGCCCGCCUGAAUCAAUGCCUGGUGUGUCGUCGUUGAUACGGCCUACAGCACGGCCUACUAUAGCAGCGAUGUUGGCAUCCCUGCCUUCGCUGCCGUGGUGGCGUGACCAAAUAGUGCCAGGGGGUCGACAUACAUUUGCUGCACGCCCUGCCAUGUACAGCGACGUGGAUCCACCAUUAUCGUCCUUGAUCAUGGAUGCAUUGGACAAGGCCUAUCGUAUCACAUCAUUGUAUACGCAUCAAGCCUUGGCCUUGACCAGUUUCCAGCGUGGACAGCAUGUCGUGGUAAGCACAGGUACAUCCUCAGGCAAGUCGCUUGUAUACCAAAUUCCCAUGGCGAUGGCCUUGGCAGAUGACGAAGCGACAGCCCUCUGUAUCUUUCCUACCAAGGCGCUAACGCAAGAUCAGCUGCGCUCGUUACAAACGUUCUUUUCUCAUUUCCCACCGACGCAUGAUGUCGUCGUGGCCACCUAUGAUGGUGAUACACCUAUGCCGCAGCGCAAAGCGAUACGUGAGCAGGCUCGUGUGCUCUUUACCAACCCUGAUAUGCUCCAUCAAGCGAUCUUGCCGCACGAGAUGGGAUGGCGCCGAUUUUUUCGCGGCUUGCGUGUGGUUGUCUUGGACGAGCUCCAUAUCUAUGCAGGUGUCUUCGGUACACAUGUGGCAUGGAUUCUGCGGCGUCUUCGACGUCUCUGCCAUGCGCUUGGCAAUGAUCACAUACAGUUUGUAAGUGCCAGUGCAACCAUUGCUGAGCCAGCGGAUCACAUGGCGCGUUUAGUAGCGCUUCCCACGACGUGCAUCGAUGUGGUGGAUCAAGAUGGGUCGCCCUGUGGGCAGAAAGAAUGGGUGGUUUGGAAUUCGCCGCUCAUUGAUCCACGCGAUCCUAGCCAUGGCCGUGUAUCGACAUUUUCGGAAGCGUCGCAGCUGUUUCGGCACCUGCUUUGCCAAGGCAUACGUACGAUUUUAUUCGCCAAGGUACGGCGUACAUGCGAGAUUCUCGUGCGAGAAAUUCGCGAAGAUCUCCUUCGUGAAGGGCAUGCAGAGUUGGCCGAGCGUGUGCAUGGCUACCGAUCAGGCUACUCGGCGUCUGACCGACGUAGCCUGGAACAGGACAUGGCAUCCGGGCAUACCAUGGGCCUAAUUGCUACCUCGGCGCUUGAACUGGGCGUCGAUAUCGGUGGCCUGGAUGCUGUUCUUUUGUUUGGCAUGCCGUAUUCGUCGGCGAGUUUAUGGCAACAGGCUGGUCGGGCUGGCCGGCGGCAAAAAGAUGCGCUGGUCGUUGUGCUUGGCGAACCAUUUUCGGUGGAUCAGUACUACAUGCGACACCCGGAGCUUGUGUUUGCGAAGCCGUCCACGGCAUUAUGGCUGGAUCUCGAGAAUGAAUUGAUUAUGGAGCGCCAUAUCCACUGUGCUGCGUUUGAAAUGCCCUUGCAUGAUACCGACGAACCGUUCUUAGGGGCCCGGUGCUUGGACGUAGCCAAGCGUGUAUUGGAGGCUGAUCAGGAUGGGUACCUGCACUGCACGCAUCUUACUGAGACACCUGCGCAUACCAUCGCCAUCCGAGGUGCGCGGCAGGACACGUACAAGUACGUGGAUGCGACCAGCGGUGCGCUGCUAGAGGAGGUGGAGUGGGAGCGUGUGUACUUUGAGGCGUAUGAAGGCGCUGUGUUUUUGCACCAGGGGCAGACGUACAUCUGCCAACAUGUGUGGCAUGAACAGCGCAUUGCACGUAUGAUGCGGGCCAACGUGCUGUACCAUACGCGGCCUCGCGACGUGACGGACAUCGAUGCACGCGAGACGUGGCGGAUUCGUACGUUGCCGCAUGCGAGUGUGUAUGCGUACUAUGGCCGCGUCGAUGUGUGUGUGCGAGUGUGGGGCUACUUCAAGGUGGACCGGCGGGCCAACAUCCUUGACGCAGUAGACAUCGAGGCAGCGCCGAUGGUCCGACCGACUGUCGGGCUGUGGAUCGAUGUGCCAUGGCCGAUCAUCGAGGCCUUAUCGCAGCGUGGCAUUCAUGCAGCAGCCGCGAUCCAUGCAGCAGAGCAUGCGAUCCUCAGCCUUACCCCGAUGUUCAUUGCCAGCAUGGCCGAUGACGUGCGUACCGAAUGCAAAGUAGCGAAGCGGGAGUAUGGCCGGCGACCGACGCAGCGCAAACGACCUUCGCGUCUUAUUUUCUACGAUAAGCCCGGCCAGGAUGCAGGUGUAUGUGCGCAAAUGUUUGGGCAUGUCGACACGCUUCUGCAGAUUGCCUUGCGUGUGAUUGAAGAGUGUGGAUGUACCGAGGGAUGUCCAGGCUGUAUUGAGACGCCGACUUGUCUGCACGACAAUGACGUCUCGUCAAAGCUAGGCGCCAUGGCCGUCUUGCGUGGUCUGCUGCAGCGCGACCUCUUUGCCGACUGGGACGAGCCACGGCAUGAACGGGGACAUGCCCCCAGCGCCUUGAGCGACGAUACCAUGUUCUCACAUACGCUCUGCGAGCCAACGCCGGUCCCUCAGCGUGUGGACACGAUCGUAGAGGAUAUUACCGAGCCGCCCGCCCCAAGUCCAGCGCCGAGCGCCUACGCAUCUACGGCCCCUUGGGGCUCGUCCCUUGCAUGGGAGGAAGAAGAGUCUACAACAUAG